AUGUGGUGGGACACGACACGAAUCCAACAGACUGUUACGAGGGAGUUCAUAUAUUCCAAUAUUUCGCAUCCUGAUCGCGAACUCAUCGGCCGCCCAGUCGUAUCCAGGGGUGGCUUGACCGACCACAACUAUGGACGUUUGAUAUUGGAGAGGGCGAAGCGGAUAUUUCUCAUUUUGUUAGAUCUCGGCUGCCCAGAGCGCAUAUUUGCUGCUCUAGAAAAUUCGUGGGAUGAUAAUGACCUGCCCCUCGACCCUGAACAGGCGCAGCAGUUAUUAGGCUCACAAUCCCAAGGUAGCAAGGCCGGCGAUCGAGGACUCGAGCACAGCUUCUGCGAACGACAGUACAAGUACCUCUUGAGGUUCCUCCGCAAGGGAGGCCACCUGAACUAUCAACCUCUGGAGGUGGUGCCGCUCGACAUCGUUCGCGAGGCCUGGACACCGCUGAGAGAAACGCGCAGCAGAAUCGUUCACAAUGUCAGCUUGCCACAGUAUCCUGGCCAGGUUUUUGAGCGGAGACGAUUCCAGCUGGCGUCACUAGGCGCUGGUCCAUACCUGCGAAAAGGUGAAAUCUGCCAGGAGAUUGAACAGGCUCGCGCGUUGCAGAGUGUCCAUCUUGUUUCGUACUUUUGCUCGUACCAACACCGGGACUAUGCCUACGUCCUUUUCGAGCCUGUCUCGGCGAGCAAAACAAGAUCUCUCAGGACGUUGCUGAGAUCAACGACCACCGACACGGCCAGUCCCGUAGCGUUCGUCAGGAGAACAAGACCAAGACGGAAGGGCGGCGCGGAUGGGGUGAGCACGCAGCCGGGGCGCGUUAUCAACUGGAUUAAUUGCCUAGCUGACACGCUUUGCAUGAUACAUGGGACCGGCUUGGCCCAUGGUAACAUCAGGCCGUCGACCAUUCUGGUGAAAGACAACGGCGAUAUUCUCCUCUCCGACUUUACGAAACUAAACCCAUCAGUCUUGGCAAGAUCCCAGGGCCUGAAUAGCUUCGACAGUGAAGAGUACAACUAUGCCGCUCCCGAGCAAUGGAUUCGCGCCACCUCGUCCCUGUUGCGCGACAGAAGUCUUGAGCUGCCGCACCCAGCCACAAGAACUUGCGAGUCCAGAAACUUUGGAAUCUCUCGAUCAUCUACCGAAAGUGACUGUACACGUCCGACAGGCAGCCCUCCUACGGCAGGCGUCACAUCACCAGGCUGUAUCGACCCCAGGGCUGCCGACGUGUUUUCCCUCGGCUGCAUCAUACUCGAAAUACUCGGGCUUCUGCUGGGGAUGUCGAGCAAAGCCUUUGCCGAGCAUAGAGCUGCGAAGCAAAGAACCCAUGGGCGUGGCAGCUCGAUCCCCGACUCUUCGUACCAUCGUAAUCUCAGUCAAGUGGAGGGGUGGAUGGAGUCCCUAGCUGAAAAGGCAACGUCUCAAGAGAGAGAAGACAUGACGGGGGGUUUUGGGGAUGUCAAUAUAUUUGCGGCGGUUGUCCCCUCGCUGCACAUGACAUCACGGAUGCUGGCAGUCAACGCCAUGGAUCGGCCAUCCAUGGAGGAGGUCCAAAGAGAGAUGUAUCGAAUAUUGACCGAAGUAUGUGGCAUCGACGAACCGCAUUGCAAUCCCAGUCAGAGCGCACAUGCGCAGGCUGAGCUCUCGAGCUCUCGAGCGAACGGCAACAGCUUGAUAUCAACAGCGGCUUUUCCGAUUGACACUACCAGCGAGGAGAGUGAGCCCACGCUGAUGACCUUGUUGACAAUGGAGAGGACCAGGUCACCACCGUUGACUCUCUGUAGCGGGUUGGAAAAAAUCCGAGACUUGCCUAUCAGAAGCAAGUAA